CCCGAAAGCCGAGUCGAUCGUUUCAAAAAUUCAUGGAGUAACAGGACGUGCAGCAUGUAACUUAUGAUGUCAUUGGCGUACCUACUAUCGCCCUGAGUUCUCAUUGGCCCUGGCCCUCGGCAUGAGGGCCGCCAGAUUUAACUUCCUAUUCCAGACACUCCUCGCUCUGCAGUGGACCCUUGACCCUCUAGAACAUCCGAGGUCCCUGGCCCAUCAUCAAAUAUUGUCGCAGGCCCACCUAGACUAACUUCCUAAUUUGGAGGAUAGCAUGGCUGGCUGGAGUGCGGUUCAUUCUUAGUAGACUUCUUUGAGAUCAUGAUGAAUCAUCAAUACUUCUCUCCCGGCUCUACUAUUUAGAGACCCCUGGUCUGCAACCAGGUCCGCCAAAAUGAGAAGAUAAAGUGUUAUCCCAUCUCCACCGACUUGUUCUUCUACUCGAAACCAGCAUGUGCAACCACGAGGUCGGAGCUAACGGCUGGACCGCCGUCCCUGUGGAUGCCGGUGCCAUCUUUGUCAACAGGCCCUUCAUCAACGAACCGAAACCCAUCUCCAUCGAGGAGAUCAAGUUCCCCGCUGAAGACCCCAUCGUUGACAAGACCGUGCAAUACGCCCAAACUGUACUUGAUCCUCAGACCUUCAACCAUUCCAUGAGGGUAUACUACUUUGGAAUGGCCAUUGCCACCCAACAAUUCCCCGCCCAGGCCGCAGGCCUCAACCCCGUCACCUGGGCCCUCACCUGUCUCCUGCACGACCUCGGCACCGCGCCCGAAAACCUCGCCGCAACCCGCAUGUCCUUCGACCUCUACGGGGGAAUAAAAGCCCUGCGGAUCCUACAAGAAUUCGGCGCGCCAGUUGACCAAUCCGAAGCCGUCGCCGAGGCCAUCGUCCGACACCAGGAUAUGGGCGUUGAGGGCACGAUCACCUUUCUCGGGCAGUUGAUUCAGCUGGCGACGCUGUAUGAUAAUACGGGUGUGCAUCCGCGGAUUGAAGGGUUUGGCGGGGUCGUGCAUGCGGAGACGAGGGCGUGGGUUAAUGGGCUGCAUGUGAGGUUGGGGUGGUGCGGGUUCUUUUCGAGGACGAUUCGAAAGGAGGAGGCGCUUAAGCCGUGGUGCCAUUCGACGCAUAUUGUGGGGUUUGAUAAGCAGAUCGAGGAGAAUACACUUAUGAGGGAGUGGGAGUAAGCAGGGUCGGGUUGGAGGGGGUGGCUAGCAAUUUAACCAAGAAGUGGAGCUCGCUUCUUGAAGAUUGUAUGUGGGAUUCUACUCAUGGAUAGUAUGCAGCCAGCGCAAUAACACUUGCUAUGCACAUAGAGGAAACGGG